CUUUGAAACGAAGUUUGAUUUGGAUGCUGAAGCUGUGUCAAAACUGCGGCCAGCUCACUUUUAUAAACCUGCCGCCGGUGUGACUGGGUAUUAUUAAACUUCAGUAUAUAAAAACACAACACAAUUUAAUAAGUAAUAGCAGUAAAUCAGUGACCUUUAGGCCACUUCCGGAACUCUAUUGUUGUAUUUUAAUAUAAUAAUUGAUCUUAUGGUAUACGCCCUUCGAUCAGAAAUCAGCUGUUGCAGACUUAGCCCACGUCAUAACCAAGCUUAACAAAGCUAUUUUUACCUAAUUAUACUUAAAAAUACGAGGCAAAUGUCAUCUGACAAUGUACUGCGGAAAUGUCCUUUUCAAAAUGGUAUUCGAAUGUACGUGCGGCAAAGUCGUCAAGAAUGUGUUAUCCUACGUGUAGUCAAACACAUAAAUAUCCCGGUGUUCCAAAUAAAUUAUCGGCAUUAGUGAUUAGAGUUGAACACCUUCAACUGUGCAUUACUGAAAAGUUGAGCUCUUAUAUAUACUCGAGGUGAAAAUGGCUCAAUUUGAUGUGGUCGUAGAAGUGGUACAAGCAAAAGAAGCUGAUGAAGAUUUUGAAAAACCUAGCAUCUCAACAAGGUUUAAGAAUUUCUGUCUGCGAAACAUGCUAUCAAUUGGAACUAUAUUUUCCGUAAUCAUCGGAAUAUUUCUUCCUCAACCUGCAGUCUAUCUCAGCCAAAGAAUGCCAGUCGCAAAUAUUUGCAUCAUUGUUCUCUUUUUCACCAUUGGUUUACGACUACGUCUUGUUGAAGCAAAAUCUGCGGUCAAAUUUUAUAAAGAGGUCAUCGUUGGUUUGCUUUUGGUCCUGUUUGUUGGCCCAGUUUUUGCAACAAACGUGCUUAACCAGGUCCCAUACUUUGGUUCAUUCAUUGGUGAUGAGCAGAAUUUGAGAAACAGUUCCAAGAAUUCCUCCGAAGAAAUGGCAAUUCUUGGACCCGAGGAAUUUCGUCUUGCUUUGCAAAUAUAUUAUAUGUGUCCAUCGGCUCCGGCUACGUCACUCAUUCUGGUAAGUUAGGGGCCGAUUACAUGGAGAACUUUCAACCCCGGGGUUGAACUCAGCCCUGUUAACCGGGUUGAAAAUUUUUGCGAUUACAUGGACGAUUUCAACCCCGGGGUUGAAACGCUAUACUAUACGUUCUCGGCAUCGAUUCCCAGAAGUAAAAAAAGCCUUUAUUUUGUUUUCUUGAAAUAAAUAGUCACUACCACGUACGCACGAAUAACUCAUGAUAAUUUCAGCCCUGGGUUGAAACGAUUACAUGACAAAAUUUUCAACCCAGGGCUGAGUUCAACCUCGGGGUUGAAAUUUCAACCCUGCCAUGUAAUCGUGCGUUUGAUUUUGAUAGAGUUUUGUGUUACAGACAGGGCUGAAAUUUCAACCCGGUAAACAGGGCUGAGUUCAACCCCGGGGUUGAAAAUGCUCCAUGUAAUCGGCCCCUUAGUAUACUGUAUGUUGACAUGAAACAUAAAAAAGGUUCUCACCGAGAACGGGUGGUGAGAACGGGUUCAUUUAUUAUUGUAUAAAGUACGCUACAUUUAGAUAUUCUUAAAUAAAGGUGCAGUAAAGUUGAUACGUAUUUUAUAACAAGAAAAAAACUUGAUUAUCAAACUGUGUUUUACAUUUUAAUCCCUCUAUCCUUUUUCUACCAAUUGUUCAUGGUAUUCGAAUAUUCAGAUUUUUCAAAUUUUUUUCCUAAAUUCAUAAACUCAAAGGGUAAAGCCUGGUUUCCAUAUGGUCGUCGUAAUGGUCGUAAAAAUAGAAUCACCAACGAUCUUUCUCAACGGCCAGUUUAUAAUAGUUUAUACCUGUAAACCACAUAUAAAUCAUAAGUAUUCUCUAGUUAUAAUCACUCCGCGUAUUUUCAGUUCUAAAAUGUUGAUUUCGGCUGAUGAGAAAGAUCGUGACUCAAUCUUUACGACCGUUACGACCAUAUGAAAACUAGGGUUAAUUAGAAAAUUAAAUUAGGAGAAGCUGCACAAUUCUUGCCAUUUUCAGGGGCAAAUAUAUGAAGUAUUAUACGAGUAACGUAUGGGUAGAAAAUACGCUAAAUAUUGGUUUCUACUGUAUAUAUUCAUUGUAGGUAACAGCAGCAAACGGUCACCGAGGUUUGAGUAUCUUGCUUUCAAUUUUAUGCGUGAUUAUAUCUGUAUUUAUCAUCCCUCCUAUGUUGGCAUGGUCAGUACCAACGUUACAACAUGUUCGUCUUAAUGUUGGCCAAGUGUUGUUGGAUAUUAUGAUCAGGAUUUUGUUGCCUUUAAUGGUGAGUAUGCCAUAUAUAGUCUGUAGUUUUAUAAAACAUUGUCAUGAUCUUUUCAACAUUCUUCAAGCUAGGAAGGUCCAAAUUACUUUAAUCAACCCCUAGCGCAUCAACCCCACAGCACGUUAAUCGUGCAUGUAUAUAAACCUUCCAGAAAACGUCGUGAAAUAAUGGGGGUGCGGUUGUCAAAACACCACCGCACUUCAGUCGUUGCAAAUUGCAGACCAUAAACCAUUUCGGUAUAGCUCAAAUGUGAUAUAAAUUUGGUUAAAUUGUUCAUGUCUGAAAAAGCACUGUUACACCUUAGUUGAUUGGCUACCAUUCAAAGGUUCUCAGAAAUUAUUAAAGUGUGUGGUCUGCUCCCUCUCCUAAAUAUCAGUUUAAUAUGCAGAGUGCUUCGCCAUCAUUUUAAUCCAAUCGCUUUUUAACUUUUAUAUAUUUUUUUAAAGAUUGGCAGAUGUUUGCGUUGCGUACCCCCUGUAAAGAAAGUCGUCACGAAAUGGAACGAUACAAUAAAAUACGUUGGAAUAGGUUUCGUUCUUGUAUUAUUUCUGGUUAAAGUGAGUGAAACGAGCGCAAGUGGAGUUUUAGAUAAAGUUUCUGUUAUGAAUAUUCUAUGUGCAGUUGUACUUGGAACAGGUCUGGCAACAUUUAAUGCUCUAUCAACUUAUGGCUUUAUGUCAAUCUUACCUUGGUUCUCAAAUAAAUCAAAUGUGACAUUAUCAAUAUUGAGUUGUAAUCGACUUGUAACACUGGCAGCUACCAUUGUUGAUGUAUUACCUGACAACAUAGGAGACAAAGGACUUCUUGUUCUUCCUAUGGUGUUUAUCUACCUUGCAAGUCUAUUGAUGUCGAAUGCUUUUGUAUCUGUUGUCAAAGUCAAAGAAGAGGACACUGAACUGGAUAAACCUUCACAAACUACAGAGCAAGACAAGGAUAUCAACAAUUCAACUAUAAACUCCAACAUUAAUGAAGGUGCAAUCUUUACCAUCUACACUGAUGAAAUGUCAGUCAAAGAUGAACAAUUGUAAACAGAAUAAAAACUUCUAGGAAGUGUAAAAAUAUUUUAUAAAAAAGGAUGAUUUUUAAUGUACAUGACUAACCUAUCCCUGCUUGGUGGGUUUGACUGAGACAGUAUACGCGGCACAUGAUGAUGGUCAACUGCCUUGGCAUGAUUCCCUUUCAUACAUUUGACUACCAUCCAUGUGUACCAUGAUACAAAACAUUUAAUAAAACCUAAUCUGUAUAUAUAGAUAUACUCACAGAGAUAUGUAGACCGUGUUGAGCUUUA